AUGUCGCACCGUAAGUACGAGGCUCCUCGCCACGGCUCUCUGGCGUACCUGCCCAGAAAGCGCGCCGCCCGCCACCGCGGAAAGGUCAAGUCCUUCCCCAAGGAUGACGCCAAGAAGCCUGUCCACCUCACCGCCGCCAUGGGCUACAAGGCCGGUAUGACCACGAUCGUCCGCGACCUCGACCGACCCGGCGCCAAGUCUCACAAGAAGGAGGUUGUCGAGGCUGUUUCCAUUGUGGACACGCCCCCUAUGAUCGUUGUUGGUCUUGUGGGCUACAUCGAGACCCCCCGCGGCCUGCGCUCGCUCACCACCGUCUGGGCCGAGCACUUGGGUGACGAGCUCAAGCGCCGCUUCUACAAGAACUGGUACAAGAGCAAGAAGAAGGCCUUCACCAAGUACGCCAAGAAGCACUCCGAGUCCAGCGGCUCCUCCAUCACCCGCGAGCUCGAGCGCAUCAAGAAGUACUGCACCGUCGUCCGCGUCCUCGCCCACACCCAGAUCCGCAAGACUCCUCUCAAGCAGAAGAAGGCCCACCUCAUGGAGAUCCAGAUCAACGGUGGCUCCGUCGCCGACAAGGUCGAGUUCGGCCACGGCCUCUUCGAGAAGCCCGUCAGCAUCGACACCAUCUUCGAGCAGGACGAGGUCAUCGACGUCAUUGCCGUCACCAAGGGCCACGGCUUCAGCGGUGUCACCGCCAGAUGGGGCACCAAGAAGCUCCCCCGCAAGACUCACAAGGGUCUCCGCAAGGUUGCUUGUAUCGGUGCCUGGCACCCGUCCCACGUCCAGUGGACUGUUGCCCGUGCCGGUCAGGAGGGUUACCACCACCGUACCUCGGUCAACCACAAGAUCUACCGUAUUGGCCGGGCUGGUGACGAGUCCAACGCCUCGACCGAGCAGGAUGUUACCAAGAAGACCAUCACUCCUCUCGGUGGCUUCGUUCGCUACGGCGAUGUCAACAACGACUUCGUCAUGGUCAAGGGCUCCAUCCCUGGUACUAAGAAGCGUGUCAUGACCCUCAGAAAGUCCAUGUUCACCCACACCUCGAGAAAGGCCCUCGAGAAGGUCCAGCUCAAGUGGAUCGACACCUCGUCCGAGUUUGGACACGGUGCUUUCCAGACCCCGGCGGAGAAGAAGCAGUACCAGGGCACGCUCAAGAAGGACCUUGUCCAGAGCUCCUAG